CUACAUAAGUUGGUGAUUCAUUCCACUGUGGCGAACCCUGAUGAAAAAAGGGAACAAGCUAAAGUGAAUGAAUGAAUGUACAACAUAUAUUUGUCUAACAAUAACAUUGAUUUACUGUAUACAGAACUGUUGAAUUAAUGGACAAUAUUUAAGGCAAGCGCACGAGUUACUACAAUUAAAUUACCCAAAAACGCCUUGCUUUACUUUUCCAGCAGAAAAUGACAGUAACUAGUCACUUUGCAACUAAUUUAACCCAACACGUGUGGUGUGCUAUCCAAUGUUUGACCGGCAGGUGGCGCUAAAGCCAUUUUUUUUUCAAAUCAGAGUAGGAAUUAUUAUUUUAUCCCUCUUCAAGAUUUUUUAAAAUUACAUUUACUUUACAUUCCAUCAUGCAAAAUAUAUUUGAGUCAUUUACACAAUACAGUUUUUCUCUUCUCUAGUUGCGUUUUAAUACUCCCUGCGUUUGUUUUGGCGUGUGUUACACCGUACCUUUAAAUACCUUGACUAUUACAAACGCAUGGAGGAUUUUGGGCCAUGCCAACUAUGAUGUAGUAUAUACUAGAUAGUCAUCCAAUUAGGUUAUGAGACACAAGCAGAGUUGUACCUUAAGAAAAUCGGACAGUGUGUUUUACUCUAGUCAGAGAUCGUCUCUCCUCACCCGUCAGAAACUCCCUCAACUCCUCCGAGCGGGAAAAACAUCAGUUAAAGCAAAUCUUUGAUCUUUGAAAAGAUGCGGGAGGGAUUUUUAAUACUCCUUUGUGUUUUCUUGUUGGCGCUUCGUCCUUUUAAAGCAACGGCUGUUUAUCAGCUUCCAGUGAGGCUGCAGCGCACGGUGUCCGAGCACAACACUGGAGCGAACACUGCGCUCAACAGGAACUGGUGCCAGUUCACAGUACAGAAGACCGUUUCAUGCCAGACACAAAAUGGGACUGAGACUGUUGUGCAGCGACUGUUUCAGAGCUGCCGAUGGCCUGGACCAUGUACAAACCUCAUCAGCUACAGAACUCUUGUGAGACCUGUGUACAGAGUGACCUACAGGAAAAUCACUUCUCUGGAAUGGCGAUGCUGUCCAGGAUUUCAUGGGGAAGACUGCAAAGAGGAGUGCAUGAACUGUACUGGUUAUGCUGACAUUAAAGAGCGCUUGAGUGUCAUUGAAGCUCAGAUAAUGUUACUGAGAGAUGCAGAGGCUCCUCUUCUACCUCUGUCCAGCCAAUCACCUGAGAGAACAGCUGAUAAUGAGGUGGACAGGACACAUGCCUCACCAGUCGCACCCAAUGCCAUUGGCCGCAUAGGACUACCAGGACCUAUUGGGCCCCCAGGUCCCCCUGGACCUCCUGGACUGACAGGUUUUACUGGACAGCCUGGUUCUAUUGGACCUAGAGGAGCUCAAGGUCUGCAGGGCCCUCCAGGAGAGAGAGGUCUCCCGGGGCCACCGGGGCCCACAGCAUCUCCACCCUUCUCCAUCAGAGGAGAUGUGUUUACUCUAAUGGCCAAACAACAAGAUAAAUUUGAGGACAGUGACUUUGCUGCUUAUCGUGACCUGCAGACUUUUCUUGGUCCUCCUGGUCCCUCGGGCCCUCCCGGUCCAGCAGGGCCUGCUGGUCCACCUGGACAGCCAGGGGCCCCAGGAGAAAAUGCUAUCUUAAGCUUUUCAGGCCCACCGGGUGACAGGGGACCCAAAGGAGAUCCGGGAGAAAGAGGACCGCCUGGAAAAGCCGGAAAGCAAGGACAGCCUGGUGUUCCAGGUCCUAAAGGUGAGCAAGGAGAGGCUCCAGCAGAGGUGCAGCAGUUGAGAGAAGCACUAAAGAUCCUGGCGGAGAGACUUCUCAUCCUGGAACACAUGAUCGGCAUUCAUGAUACUCUCUCGGAUUCUGGUUCUGGAAUAGAUCUGCUGGCGGACUUCAUGCAAACAGAAAGUGCUAAAAGUGUUGGCUCUGCCAGAUCUGCCUCUCCUCUUACCUCGGACAGAAAGUAGCCGGAGUCUGUUGGGUUUAACAUGCGCGUGUGAAUCUCCUGUCUGCCGCUUUGAAGGACAGAUCUGUCACAUAUUGGCUGAUGAGUAUUAUAAUAAUAAGAGUGGCACUGAUACAUUU